CCCGGGGCAACCAGGGCUAAAGAAGGGCUUGGGGAGGUCUUCCUGCCACCGGGGAACCUGGGAUUUGUAUUUCUUUGGAGCUGCUGGGUUCUUGGCUCCGCCUCCUGGGUCCCUCGUGGCUGCAGGUUGAGAGCUGGAGAGAAGCCUCGGGUUCUCGCGGAGCGGGAAUCGCGAUAAAUUAAAAGCCCCUAGCCUGGAAGGGAGGCUGCAGGAGACUGCUGGCUGGGAAUCCCUUCCCUGAACUGAAGAGGUCUCGCUUCUAGACGAGAAUGCCAGAAGCCAGGAGCCUGCAGAUGAGGCGUCAACAAAUCCAGAUGAAAGAAGAUGUAAUUGAACAAGACACAGAGGAAUGGCAGAGCAAUUUCUCCUUUACUGGACUGGAAAGAGUUGGAGGAAUGGAUUUGUCUUAUCUCAAAGAAGAUGUCUCAUGUGCCUGUGCUUCACUGGUGGUGCUCAGCUACCCAGAACUUGAGGUCCUCUACGAAGAUUGCUAUGUGGUGACUGUCAAGGCCCCCUAUGUGGCAGGAUUCCUGGCUUUCCGAGAAGUCCCUUUUUUACUGGAGGCUGUACAGCGGCUGGAGAUGCAGAAGCCUGGCCUCAAGCCCCAGGUACUUCUUGUCGAUGGAAACGGCAUCCUGCACCACCGAGGUUUUGGCAUCGCCUGCCAUCUUGGUGUUCUCACAGGUCUUCCCUGUAUUGGUGUAGCCAAAAAUCUCUUGCAGGUUGAAGGUUUGGCCAAUGAUGAGCUUCACAAGAAACAAAUCCAAGACCUUCAGGCAGGAGGAGAUGCAUUCCCACUGACAAGCACCUCUGGGAAAAUCUUGGGUAUGGCCUUGCGUAGCUGUGCCAAGAGUACAAAACCCAUAUACAUCUCAGUAGGCCACAAGAUAAGUCUACUAUCAGCUGUGCGCCUGGUCCAUUCUUGUUGCAAGUAUCGGAUUCCUGAGCCCAUCCGGCAGGCAGAUAUAAGAUCCAGAGAAUACAUUUGGAAACAUAUGGAGGUCAACAUUGCUGUGCCCACUCCUCAGCCAGAGAGAGGCCAAGAUCUGGAAAGUGCCGGAUUGGAGGAAGCUGACAAAGAUUAAGCCAAGCACUGAGAGCUAAUCACAAAGAUGAGCUUUCAUCUCAAAGGCCACCAUCCUGGGGAAGAGAAUGUGGCAAUUUCCAUCUAUUCAACAAAGCACUACCCGGAGGUCAAAGACAAUCAAGACUGCUCUUUCAAGAGUACUUUCAUCCAGGGAUUUGCCAAUUGCAUUUUGGAGCAAGAAACAUUGUCCUGACAGAGUAGGCCUGGUCUUUAGGUGAACACAAAAGGCAAACAAAAUGAUCCGGAUGAUUAGUGAUCUAAGGCAGUGAUGGUGGUGGGCAGGUUGCCCUGUGUAGCUGACAGAUUACUUUCCUGCAGUGCAGAGAAUCUUGGGUGAAUUCCUUAGGGAGGACUUUUUUGUCUGCCAUCUGCUCCGUUGCUUAUCUUGAAGUUUUGCUUUCAGGAUAGUAAAAAUCCUGAAACUUAGGAUAGCUUCCCCAAUUUUGGUCCUUUCCAGGUGUGCUGCCUGAGAAUUCUGGAAGGUGAGGGCCAACAUAUUCUGGAAGGGAAUAACUCAGUAUGUGCCAGUUUAAUGGUCAUAGGCUCGGCUUGGUCCCUGAAAGGAAAACAUUUCCUAACACUGUAUUACAUAUUGACUGAAGACACUGAACUCUGACUAUGGUAUGGUAUUUUGUUUUUAAAUGAUUGUGAAAUGCUGUUUUCUGCUUAUUUCAUUUGUCCUAUUGGUAUACUGCACACUCCUGGCAAAGCUACCAUGUGGCAGUGUAUAUGCAUCUCUGAUGAUGGGGAGUAUAUACUGGUUUUAAUAGGUUGAGUAGCGUGAAUUAUUCACAACAAUUUGCUCAAUUUUCCUGCCAUGAAACAGAUGCUGGUUAAACCUGUUAUUGAACUAGAAAAGAGUUUGGGUUAUCCUUGAAAUCACCUUAAAUACUCCUUAUAUUCCUUUUUACCCAUUCUAGCCAAAGUGAUGCCUGAAAAGGGUCGCCACAACCCAUUCGUCACGGCCAACUCACCAGAGGACAAGAGUUACACUAAUACCAAAGAAAUGGUGGGAUAGUAUCAUUAAAGAAAAGAUGCAAAAGGAGGGACAGAUUGAAAUGUGAAUGACAAAAAUAACAAUUUUAAAAUUUAUUUUAAAUAAUUGAUUGAAUGGUUAAAAUAUCCCAUAUUGAGUUGUUCCAUGGCAAGUUGGCCACAGUGAGUUGGCUGCAGCGAGUUGUCCCAUUCCGUACUGAAGAGGCACAGUAAUUGUCCUGAUGCCUCUCUGUCCAUCCUUGUGUCUUCCUCUCUGCAUGGAAUGGUGCUGAGAUUUUGCAAAGACUACUGGUGCAGUGAUAGAGCUGGGCAUCUGCUAGUUCUCAGAUCUGUCUCAUCUGCCCACUUCUUGUCUCUCUUCCCCAAGAGCAGGUACUCAUCAGUGCCAGAAAUAAGUAACUUGUUUCUAGGUUACGCACUCCAAGAGUUCUAAUUUCAGAGAAGGCGUAAAUUGUUUCACAAGGCUUCUGUUCUCUAGUGCCACCUUACUGUGUUCUCUAGUGCAUCAACUGUGCAGCAACUUUACAAUAGAGAAGAGGUUAGUGAUAAGGCUAGUGAAGAAAACAAACCUGUUUACUAAGGGGGAAGUCCUGAGUUCAGUGGCACUUAUUAGAAAGUCAGCAGGCUGCAGCUUCUGUUCCCUGAGGUAUUCUAGCAUCCACCUAGAAGUGCAGAAACCGGCUGUAGAAACACUUUCUGUCGAUAAACAAUCUCCGAAAACUGCUUUCCUGGAGAUACUGAAAACAUUGCUCAAUUAAUUAAUUAGCUACUGGAGAGUCUGUUAAUGAGUUUUUCAAAUUUUCCUGCAUUUUUUGGCAGCUCUAAGGGGUUUUAUCCUCCUGCCCCUCUCCAGGAUAAAUGAAAACAGUCUUUGAACAUUAAUGGAGCAUCAAGAAUGUGGUUCAAUACAUUUUUCCAAGUUAUAAUUCAAUAUAAAUUUUAAUCCUUUACUCCACAUAUUCUCCCAUUAAUCAAGCAUUAUAUUCAAGCUUUUUCCCCUUUACAGUACAUUCAGAAUAUAUUCAGACCCCCUUCAUUUUUGUCACUGUUGUUAUGCUGCAGCCUGAGUCUACAGUAGUUGAAAUUCAUUGUUUUCUCAUUAAUGUAUACUCAGUACCCUAUAAUGACAAAGUGAAAACAGAAUUUUAGAAAUAUCUAUAAAUUUAUUAAAAAGAACAAACCGAAAUAUUGCAUUCAGUAUUCAGACCCUUUGCAACAACACUUGAAAUUUAGAUCAUGACUCCCAUUUCUCCUGUUUGUUGCUGACAUGCUUCUAUACCUUGAUCGGAGUCCACCUGUGGUAAAUUAAAUGGACUGGACAUGAUUUGGAAAGGCACACUCCUCUCUAUAGAAGGCCUCACAGCUGACAAUGCAUAUUGUAGUACAGUAAAAGCCAUGAAGUCAAAAGAACUGCCUGCAGAGCUCAGAGACAGAAUUAUUGCAAGGCACAGAUCUGGGGAAGGCUGCAAUAAAAUUUCUGCUGCACUGAAUUUCUGCUGCACUGAAGGUUUCUAAGAGCACAGUGGCCUCCAUAAUUCUCAAAUGGCACAACCAGGACUCUUCCAGGAGCUGGUAACCCGGACAAACUGAGCAAUCAGCGGAGAAGGGCCUUAGUAAGAGAUGUGACCAAGAACCCAAAAGUCACUCUGACUGAGCUCCAGAGAUCCUGUGUGGAGAUGGGAUAGAGUUCCUGAAGGACAACCAUCCACCAAUCUGGAUUUUAUGGCAGAGUGGCUAGAUGGAAGCCUCUUCUCAGUGCAAAACACAUGAAAGCCCGCUUGGAGUUUGCAAACGAGCAUCUGAAGGACUCUGAGACUGAGGAUUCUCUAAUCUGAUGAAACCAAGAUUGAACUGUUUGACCUCAAUUCUAAACAUUUUGUCUGGAGGAAACCAAGCACCACUCAUAACCUGCCCAAUACCAUCCCAACAGUGAAGCAUGGUGAUGGCAGCAUCAUGCUGUGUGGGAUACUUUUCAGCAGCAGGGACUGGGAGACUGGUCAGAGUUGAGGGAAAGCUGAAUGGAGCAAAGUACAGGAAUAUCCUCAAUGAAAAUCUGUUCCACAGCACUCGGGACCUCAGACUCGGCUGAAGGUUUACUUUCCAACAUAACAAUGAUCCUAAGCACACAGCCAAGACAACACAGAAGUGGCUAAGAGACAACUCUGUGAAUGUCCUAGAGUGGCCCAGCCAGAGCCCUGACUUGAACCCUAUUGAACAUCUCUGUUCAAUAGGGACCUGAAAAUGGCUGUCCAUUUUGACAGUCGCCAUCCAACCUGACUGAGCUUGACAGGAUUUGCAAGAAAAAAGGGCAGAAAAUCCCCCAAUCCAGGUGUGCAAAGCUUGUCACGUCAUACCCUAAAAGACUUGAGGCUAUAAUUGUUGCCAAAGUGCUUCAACAGUCCCUGAGUGAAGGGUCUGAAUCUGGUGAAAUCCAGCAGGUUCUGAUAGGUUCUGGAGAACCAGUAGUGGAAAUUUUGAGCAGUUUGGAGAACCAGCAAAUACCACCUCUGGCUGGCCCCAGUGUGUGGUGGGAAUGGAGAUUUUGCAAUAUCCUUCCUCUGGAGUCGGGUAGGAAUGGAGAUUUUGCAGUAUCCUUCCCCUGCCAUGCCUACCAAGCCAUGCCCACAGAACUGGUAGUAAAAAAAUUUGGAUUUCACCACUGGUCUGAAUACUUAUGCCAAUGUAUUAUUUCAGUUUUUUUAAACCAGAUUUAUAGAAUUUUUAUAAGAUGAUGUACUGUUGGUAUUUAGCUGCUGAUGAAUUGUCAAAAAAGUGUAAGGCAUCUGAAGAUACGUUUUAUUUUUGGUGGUCAAGUAAAAAAGCUAAAAAUUAUUGGGAUCAGAUGUGUACCUUUAUUUUGAGAAUUCAUGGAAUAAAUGUGCAAUUGAAACCAAAGAUUUUUCUUUUAGGUUUGAUGGAUUGAAAGAAAAAGUGGGACUUUGUAUGAUCACAGCAGCAAGACAGAGAUGGAAGGAUUUACAGAUUCCCACAAUGGAAGAAUGGAUGGUGAAGUUAAUGGAGUUGGCAGAGCUGGCAAAAUUGGCAACUUUGAUUAAAGAAAGACUUUAACUUUGUUGCUACCUGGAAACCACUUUUGGAUUGUUUUCUUGAAGCUGAAAGAAAUGAAACUUUAAUUGUGGGAUUUGAUUAUUAGAACUUUAUAUUUAUCAAAAUAUAUGCUUAUAUUUGUAUAGGUACCAAAGAAAAUUGGAAGUUUUGUUUUCUCUAUUUUUUUCCUAUUGUUUCUUUUCUACACUCUAAUCUUGUUUCCAUCUUGACUUUUCCCCCUUAUUUCUUUAUUUUUCUGUUUUAUAUUUUAUUCUUUGUUGAAACAAUAAAAUUUUGUAAACGAAGAACUUUUACUAUAUAAACUAUA